CCUCUCUCUCUCUCUCUCUCUCUUUCUCAGUUCCGCAAUGUGAAGUAGUAUUUUUCUCAGAAUGUUGAGCUCUAUAUGUCAUUUCUAGCGUUAUGGAUCUACAAAGUGAGCUGCUGAAGUCCAUCUGGUACGCGUUCACCUCUCUGGAUUUAGAAAAGAGCGGUAAAGUGUCCAAAUCACAACUAAAGGUUUUGUCACACAAUCUCUACACAGCGCUCAAUAUUCCUCAUGAUCCUGUUGCAUUAGAGGAGCACUUUAAGGACAAUGAUAACGGGCCAGUGUCCAACCAGGGCUACAUGCCCUACCUCAACAAAUAUAUCCUGGCAAAGGCGACUGAGGGGUCUUUCAAUAAGGAAACCUUUGAUGAGCUGUGCUGGACGAUGACAUCAAAGAAGAACUGCAAACCCAGCAUUUACCAGGGCCUGUGUUCACAGAGAGACUGUUUCAAACUCUUCUGCAUCUUCAACCUGCUCUCUGAGGACCGUUACCCAUUAGUCAUCAUUCAACCGGAGCUGGAGUACCUGCUGAAGAAAAUCUCCAGUGCAAUGAGCCAGGAGUGGGAUGGGACAUUACUGGAGAAGCUUCUGUCCCAGCAUGCUGCUCUUCAGGAGGGCAUGUCUGUGUGGGCGCUCCUGGAGCAUCUGAGUGCAGGACAGCUUUUGCAUGUAGAGAGUAAAGAUGCCUUCAGUCUCGCAGUGGAUGAUGUUUUCAUGGAGAUGUACCACAACAUCAUCAAAAAGGGUUACCUGUUAAAGAAGGGGCAUGUUCGCAGGAACUGGCAGGAGCGCUGGUUUGUUUUGAAACACAGUAGCCUGACGUACUAUGUUGGUGAAGACCUGAAGGAAAAGAAAGGAGAGAUCCUGCUUGAGGAGAACACUGUGGUGGAGAAUCUCCCUGACAGGGAAGGGCGACGCUGCCUGUUCUGUGUGAAGACUGUAGCCAGGACCUUUGAGAUGAGUGCUUCCGACAUGAAGCAGAGAGUAGACUGGGUACAAGCUGUGCAGACGGUUUUCAGACUAAAAGCGGAAGGGAAGAGCUCUCUGCAUCAGGAGCUGAAAUUGAGCAGACGUAAGCAGAGAGAGACUCUUCAAAGAAGCCAGAGCAACCAGAGCUGCCACGGUGAAACCAUUGUAGAUGAGAAGCCACCUUCAGUUCUGGAACAGCAGGGGAAGACAGAGAGCUUGGAGCAACACAUCGAGAGCAUUAUUCAAAAACAGAGAGAGGUUGAGACAAAACGUAAAGAAGAAGAGCAGCAAGAACGAGAGAAACAGAAUGCAGUACAGAGAGACCUGGAGAGACAGCUUGAAGAAGCUAAUGCAGCCAAGGAGAGACUGUCAGCCACAUUGACUGAGAUGGAGAAGGAAGUACAGCAGCAAAAGAAGAGAAUCCAUGAAUUAGAGCUCACCCAACAAAAACUGGAGGAGUUACUGAAUGCUCAGAUUCAUGCCCGUUUAGAAGAAGACAGAGCCCGUCAAGAAUUGGAGAGGCAACUUGCAGAAGAGCAGAAAAAACUUGGUGAACUUCUCCUCCAAAAUCAGCUGGAAAAAAUGAGUCAAGAGGAGGUACCACCGCAAGACUCCACGUCAACCGCAACAUCAGCCAUCAAUGAGCAACAAGAGGAGAGCAGUCAACACAAUACAGAGGAGGCACCUAGCCAUAACUCUGCUUCCACCGAAACACCAUCCAAUAUCCAACAACCAGACGAGAGGAGUCAACACAACAAAGAGGAGGCACCUACUCACCGACAUGACUUCACGCACACUGCAACACCACCCAACAUCCAGCAACCAGAGGGGAACAGUGAACACAAUACAGAGAGAGAGUUGGGGAAUCAUUCUACUGCCACUCAAAUGAUAAAACACUGGAAAAUACAGCUUAACCGCUUAAUGAAGCCGAUCACACCAGGAGACAAAGUUGAGCAUCUGCCAGUGAAGCCCAUUUGCCUGAGACAGGGCCAGGCUCUUACCAGCACAGAGUUCCUUACCAAGGUUCAAACAGGCAUCAUGCAAGAAAAGGGAAAUGGUUACAACCCAUCACCACUUCAAGAAGAGGAAGUAUAGGGUUCCUGUAUCUGAUACUAGAGCCAAAAUGGUGUACCUGUUUUGCAAAUCUCCAUAUUAUAUAUGUAUAUAGUGGUCAGCAAGAUAAAUUACUUUAUAUUAUAUAAUAUGUAAUAUGCGUAUUGUGAACGGUAAAAAUACAUUUAGGAGGCAUUCUUUUGUUUGAUGCCAGCAGUUAGCAGCAUUUCUCUUUUGACAUGCUCUAAAUAAUGUACAUGUGUGGUUUCUUUUGUUCAGUGUGUAAUUCUGUGUGUGGUCAAAAGAGGGGGCACUUGUACUGGGCUUCAGUUUCACAAUUCUUGGGUCCCGAACCAACCGCACAUACAGUAUAUCUACUUUUUUUCAUCACUUUCCUGCCCCUUUCCCUAUAGAUCACAGUAGCUGUGGGAAGUUAAAAACACUGGCGAGCUCUGAAAAAUGCCGUCUGAAGAGCGUCCCUCUGAGAAUCUGAGCAGCGUACUCUUUGUUUCUCUGAUAAUGCUCUGUUUAACUUACACUGACCAACUCAAACAUUUUCAGAGACAGGGAUGGCCCUUUAUAGUGCUAAAUAGUGAAAAAUAAUCACACAAUCUAUUUUUAGAUCCUUGGAGACCAGCAAGAAAGUACCGUUCAGUUUGUGGCUUUGAGGCUUGUAUGGAGAAUGAAUAAUGGUUCGCUCUGUUAGUUUUGGGUGGUAAUCAGCAGACUGACUGUAAAUGAUCUUUUUGUGGCAGUGAUUUUCCAGAUACAGAUCUUUUCCGAUUAUGGUUUGGAGUGUUUUUACCUGUGUGUCUGGAGAGAUUUCAAGUUUGUCAUGAGAGGAAUUGUAUUGUCAGGUCCAGAGAUCAGGAGAAAUGUAAUGUGAUACUUAAUGUCUUGUUUGACUAUUUCCAUUAUAGCGGGUUGUAUCCAUCUGUCAUUUAACAAUUGAAUCUGCAUAUAACGUGCAUCAGAAUAUCCCAACCAACAUUUUACGAUUUAACACAAGCAUCGCUCACGGUUGUUUUGUUUUGUUGUUCAGCUUUUUGUUUUGAUGUGUUCUGUUUGUGAGAAGGCAGAUAUUGAUGAUGGCAUUUGGUAUAAAGUGUAAUACAGUAUUAGGGUAGACCAGGGCACACUUUUUACUCCAUUUAAUAUAUUUUCAUAGAGUAGUUUUAUUUUUCAAUUAAAUUUAUGCAUAACAACACCUUAAAGGGAUAGUUCACCCAAAAAUUAAAAUUAUUUUAUAAUUUACUCACCCUCAUGCCAUCCCAGAUGUUUAUGACUUUCUUUCUUCAGUAGAACACAAAUAAAGAUUUUUGGAAGGAUAUAUUAGCUCUGUAGGUCUGUACAGUGCAGUUGAAUGUUGGCCAGAACUUUGAAGGUUGGAAAAGCACAUAAAGGAAACUGAAGUAAUCCAUAAGAUUCCAGUAUAAGUCAUUUUUUUUUACUCUAAAUCACCGCUUUCACUUUAAACACUGGAGUCAUAUGUAUAUUUAUUUCUUUUAUGUUUCCUUUAUGUGAUUUUUGGAGCUACAAAGUUAUGAUCACCAUUCACUUGCAUUAUAUGGACCGACAGAGCUGAGAUAUUCUUCUAAAAAUCUUCAUUUGUGUUCUGCUGAAGAAAGAAACUCAAACACAGCUGGGAUGACAUGAGAGUAAAUGAUAAGAGAAUUUUCAUUUCUGAUUGAACUUUCCCUUUAAAGUCUUGGCAACCAUGAAAUUAUUGAACAUUUCUGCCAUUUUUGCCCAGCAAAAAUUAUACAAUUUGUUGAACUCUACUCAACACACAUUGACCUUCUGUGACAUCAUGCGCAAAUAGUGGCUCUGAGUAUCUCUAGAGUUCCAUUUUACAUGAUUAAAAAUGUAUUUAUUGUGAUGGUUUAUUAUUGCAUUAACAUUUAACACAACAAGCUGUGUUUUUUUUUUCAUGCUGAAGAGCUGUUUCAUAUCAUCUAUCACUUGUGUGCCAUGUUAUAACAAAUACAGUUUCUGUUUCACACAAUAAUAAGAACAAUAUUUGCUAUUUAACACUCAAUACUUCAAACCCAUAUGACAAUACGUUGAACAACAUUGACCUUUUGUUACCAUAUUAAAUGAUUAGAA